AUGUCUUCAUUCCCUCCCCAUGUGUGUCUCUCUCCGCCCCCUCUGCCCCUCCAUGCGUCUUCUUUGCCACUACCGUGCCUCCCUCCCGUGCCUCCCUCCCAUGCCUCGCUCCCAUGCCCCACUCCCAUUCCUCCCUCCCAUGCUUCCCUCCCAUUCCUCCCUCCCAUGCCUCCCUCCCAUGCCUCCCUCCCAUGCCUCGUUCCGACGUCUCCCUCCCAUGCCUCCCUUUCGUGCCUCGCUCCCAUGCCUCGCUCCCAUGCCUCGCUCCCAUGCCUCGCUCCCAUGCCUCGCUCCCAUGCAUCCACCAUUGCUGGAUGUGCCUGUAAUCUCCGCAGUGCCUUCAACGACCAAGGCGAAGCUAGUGGUGGUGGGAGGGGGGGGCGUGAGUCCAUGGAGCGAGUGGAGCAUGCGGGUGUGGAAGAAGCCGGUGCUGCAUGUGGGGGACACUCUUGCUUCGUUAUGCCUUUUCUGCGUCUCAAUCUCCCUCCCCUUCACCUGCCGUGGCACGCCUGGCUGGCAGUGUUCAAGUGGUGGGGCUUCCCCAAUGACGUCGUAGCUUCUCUCAACAAGAAGCAAUUCGAUCAAUGCAACUUCACCAUAGCAAUCCUGCUGCACAGCACCACGUGGGUGGGGCGCUACAAGAUUGCGCUACCAUCAGGCACCACCCGAGUGCUCUUUGCCAGCAGCAUGCACGAAAGGUGCCGCAGGGGACUCAAGUACGACACUGGUGCCAUUUUGCCAUGA